AAUCCGCCGCCAUCCCGCCGCCUCCGCGCCCGACCGCCGCCCGACCGCCAUCGCCCGGCCCAGUCGCGCCCGCGGAACCAGACCAGGCAGAUCGGGAGCGGUGCCGAGAAAAAUUUCCUUACUAGAUGACAUUUCAUCGCAAUGUCCGAUCGUUUGGGGCAAAUAACCAAGGGCAAGGAUGGGAAAAGCAAGUAUUCGACUCUCAGCCUGUUUGAUAAGUAUAAAGGAAAAUCAGUAGACGCGGUCAGAUCCUCAGUUAUUCCUCGACAUGGCUUACAGAGUCUCGGGAAAGUUGCCACAGCCCGGCGUAUGCCGCCACCUGCAAACCUGCCAAGCUUGAAGUCUGAAAACAGAGGAAACGACCCCAACAUCGUUAUAGUUCCCAAGGACGGAACGGGAUGGGCAAACAAGCAGGAUCAGCAAGACCCAAAGAGUUCCAGUGCGACGGGCUCUCAGCCGCCGGAGUCGCUGCCGCAGCCGGGUUUGCAGAGGCCUGUCUCCAGCUUACAGAAGCCGACACAGUCGAGCAGCCAGGAGAACACAAAUUCAGUGCCAGGUGGACCAAAGUCAUGGGCACAGCUGAAUGGAAAGCCAGCAGGACACGAAGGUGGUUUAAGGGGCUCAAGCCGACUGUUAUCCUUCUCUCCCGAGGAAUUUCCGACGCUGAAAGCAGCUGGAGGGCAGGACAAGGCUGGCAAAGAAAGGGGCGUCUUAGAUCUGUCGUAUGGGCCAGGACCAAGCCUCCGCCCUCAGAAUGUGACAAGCUGGAGGGAGGGCGGUGGGCGAAACAUAAUUUCUGCCACGUCUCUGAGCGCCUCCCCGACUGAGCUGGGCAGCAGGAACUCGAGUGCGGGAGACGGAGCCCCCUCCUCGGCAUGUACCAGCGAUUCUAAGGACCCCUCUCUCCGCCCGGCUCAGCCUGUCCGCAAAGGGGCUUCACAGUUCAUGGGAAAUGUAUACCACCCACCUACAUACCAUGACAUGCUUCCUGCUUUUAUGUGUUCGCCACAGUCAUCAGAGAACCAGGGUACCGUGGAACGAGGACCUUUCCCCCUCCCCCAGCUCCGUCUUGAGCCCCGUGUCCCUUUUAGACAGUUCCAGAUGAAUGACCAAGAUGGAAAAGAAAGCAGGCUGGGAACGACUCGGCCCAUCCGCCCGCUGAGGCAGCUGGUGGGACGGGCGCCGCGGCCCACGAUCAUCAACGCGGAAAACCUGAAGGGCCUGGACGACCUGGACGCCGACGCCGACGACGGCUGGGCAGGUCUUCAUGAGGAAGUGGACUACUCCGAGAAACUGAAGUUCAGUGAUGAUGAAGAGGAGGAGGAAGUUGGGAAGGACGGCAGGCCCAAGUGGAACAGUUGGGACCCCCGACGGCAGCGGCAGUUGUCAAUGAGCUCCGCGGACAGUGCUGAUGCUAAGCGUCCCCAAGAGGAAGGAAAGGACUGGGGUGAAGCAGUGGGUGUGGCCCGUGUUGUCCGCAAAGUGCCAGAACCUCAGCCACCUUCUAGGAAGCUUCACGGCUGGGCAUCUGGCCCAGACUACCAGAAGUCCUCGCUGGGCAGCGUGUUCCGGCAACAGUCUGUCGAGGACAAAGAGGACAAGCCACCUCCACGGCAGAAGUUUGUGCAGUCAGAGAUGUCCGAGGCCGUGGAACGAGCCCGAAAGCGCCGGGAGGAGGAGGAGCGCCGAGCACGGGAGGAGAGGCUGGCUGCCUGUGCCGCCAAGCUCAAGCAGCUGGACCAGAAGCGUAAGCAGGCUCAGAAGGCGGGCGAGGCCCCGAAACCGGCAGAGAAGGAAGCGCCCCGAUCUCCAGGCACCGAGAAGGUGCCCCCACAGGAGAAUGGCCCUGCUGUCCGCAAAGGCUCCCCUGAGUUUCCUGCCCAGGGAACCCCCAACACGUUUUCAGAAGAAGCCCCCGCGGCUCCUCCGGCUGUGCCUCAGAGUGGCGGCGGUGAGGAGGGCGCCAGGGAGGCUGGGUCCCCUGCACAGGAGUUCAGCAAGUACCAGAAGUCUCUUCCUCCCAGAUUCCAGCGCCAGCAGCAGCAGCAACAGCAGGAGCAGCUAUAUAAGAUGCAGCACUGGCAGCCCGUGUACCCCCCACCUUCCCACCCACAGCGCACUUUCUACCCCCACCACCCCCAAAUGCUGGGCUUCGAUCCCAGGUGGAUGAUGAUGCCUUCCUACAUGGACCCACGGAUCCCGCCCACUCGGGCCCCAGUGGAUUUCUACCCGUCCGCCCUCCAUCCCUCGGGACUGAUGAAACCCAUGAUGCCCCAAGACUCCCUCGGUGGGACUGGCUGUCGCUCUGAGGACCAGAACUGCGUGCCCCCGCUGCAAGAAAGGAAAGUGGCCGCCCUCGAUCCGGCCCCCGUGUGGAGCCCAGAGGGCUACAUGGCGUUGCAGAGCAAAGGCUACUCGCUUCCGCAGCCGAAAUCAAACGACGCUUUGGCCGUGGACAUGCACGUCAGGAAUGAAAGCUCUUACUCUGGCCCCCCCGGAAGGUCAGGGGGUGUAGGUGCCCAGCGCGAUCUCCUUGAGGAGAGAGGGGAGGAGUUCUUGAGUGCUUUUGACAAGAAGGCCCCAGCAGACUUUGACAGCUGUGUCUCUUCUCAAAGAAUAGGCCAGGAGCUUUUGUUUCCACCCCAAGAAAAUGUUCAGGAAGCGGGUGCUCCUGGGGGUCACAGCCCAGACCUCAGGUGUUCCCCACUGGAGCCCGACUUUGCCCCAGCGGAGAAAAAGCCAGAGUAUAGCAGUUGGGACGUUAGCCACCCGCCAGAGUCCACGGACACGGCCAGCGGCAUCGAGAAGGGAACACCCCGGGAGGAGCCACCCUUUAACGUCUCCUCCUGGGAGAAGGACGGGAGCCCCAACAAACAGCCGUCCCUGGAGCCCGAGUGGACUGCCGAGCCCCGGGGCCCCGGCAGCCAGCACCAGGAGCAGACCAGCAGGACGCGGAGGUCGGGACCCAUCAAGAAGCCCGUCCUGAAAGCCCUCAAGGUGGAGGACAAGGAGAAGGAACUGGAGAAGAUUAAGCAGGAGCUGGGGGAGGAGAGCGCCCGAGUGGCCAAGGAGAAGGGGCCGGCUCGCAAGGCAGAGAAGGACGAGGAUGAAGAGAACGACCCCGCGCUGGCCAACUCCUCCCCCUCCCCCUUGGAGGACCAGGGCCCUGCCCGUGCUAGUGUGGGCCGCGAGGCCAGCAGGUGUGACGAGGACGAGAAGCCGGCCAGGGCCUGGGAGGGCAGACCCUCCCGGGAGUCCAGUGACACGCCCGCGACAAAGAGGAACAAUUGGAUCUUUAUCGACGAGGAGCAAGCUUUCGGGGGCCGAGGGCAGGCCCGGGGCCGCGGCCGUGGCUUCCGAGAGUUCACCUUCCGAGGGCGGCCGGCGGGCGGUGGCCCAGGCCUCUGCGGUGGGGGGAUGCUCGGGGCGCGGGGCGUCUACGGCGGCGGCCAGAGGAGUGGCCGCGGCCGGGGGCUGCGGGACUUUGGCCAGCCGGAGGACUUCCCCAGGGCCAAGCCGCGACGGCGCAUCGCCAGCGAGACGCACAGCGAGGGCUCUGAGUACGAAGAGCUUCCCAAGCGGCGGCGGCAGCGAGGCUCGGAGAACGGGAGCGAGGGCUCGCUCCUGGAGCGGGAGGGCAGCACCCUGAGGAGGGGCGACUUCAGGGACUCCUGGCGCUCCACCAAGGCAUGCUCCGAGGACCACGGCGGCCCGGAGGCCAAGAGCCGAGGCCCUCGCGCCUUCGGCCGGGCGCUCCCUCCCCGGCUGAGCAGCUGCGGCUACGGCCGGAGAACCUUUGUGUCCAAAGAGGCCGCCCACUGGCAGAGCAAGGGCCCGGGAGCCUCCUGGCAGGAGUACAGCUCCCCAGACACGUGCGGGUCCCGGCGACCCGCAGACAGAGACUGUGUCCCUGACGCCUACAGACAUUCUGACUCGCUUGGCGCCAGGGCCUUCGAGGACGGCCGCCUGGAGGACAAGAGGCCCUUCUUCCCCGACGACCAUGCGGCCGACUCGGAAGGCGCCGAGAACCGGCCCUUCCGGAGAAGGCGCCCCCCGCGUCAGGACAAGCCCCCUCGCUUCCGGCGCCUCCGGCAGGAGCGGGAGUCCCUGGGCCUGUGGGGGCCGGAGGAGGAGCCGCACCUCUUGGCGGGGCCGUGGCCGGGCCGGCCCAAGCUCUGCCCCGGGGACAAGAGCGGGUCCCCCGAGCUCUCGUACCAGAACUCGUCCGAUCACGCCAACGAGGAGUGGGAGACGGCUUCCGAGAGCAGUGACUUCAGCGAGCGGCGGGAGCGGCGCGAGGGCCCGGGGGCCGAGCCCGACCCGCAGGCGGACGGCAGCCUGCCCGGGGCCGCCGCGGGUGAGAAGAAGGAGCUGGCCAAGAGGAGCUUCUCCAGCCAGAGGCCCCUGGCCGACAGGCAGAGCCGAAAGCUGGAGCCGGGGGGGUUUGGGGACAAGUCCAUUAGGCCAGGUGGUGGUGACGCCUCUCCCCGUUAUGACAGCCAACAGAAUGGGACGCCUUUGAAAGCCAAAAGGUCCCCAGAUGAGGCCUUGCCCGCGGGUCUCAGUUGCAGCAGCGGGAGCAGCCACUACGUGCUGGAGCGGGUGGCCCACGGUGCCUCCGACAUCCCCGAGGCCUCCUGUGAGACGGCGGAGGAGGCGGCCAAGCUGGUUGCUCAGAGGGCGGGCGAACAGGGAGAGACCAUGAAACAGUUUGACCUGAACUACGGAAAUUCCAUCAUUGAAAACUGCGGGUCCAGCCCUGGGGAGGAGAGUGAGGUGGGCCCCAUGGCGGGCGAAGGCUUCAUUGAGGUCCUGACCAAGAAGCAGCGCCGUCUGCUGGAAGAAGAGAGGAGGAAGAAGGAGCAGGCCGUGCAGGUGCCUGUCAAGGGUCGAGGUCUUUCCUCCCGUAUUCCUCCUCGGUUUGCUAAAAAGCAGAACAACUUGUGCCUGGAGCAGGGUGACGUGACCGUGCCUGGCAGCAGCCUGGGCACGGAGAUCUGGGAGAGCAGCGGCCAGGCCCUCCCCGUCCAGGCCCCGGCCAGCGACUCCUGGACUAAAGCCGCAACUGCCUUCAACAGCGCCGAGCCUGGCUCCGCCGAGCAGGGUUUUAAGAGCAGCCAGGGGGAUAGCGGCGUUGACCUGAGCGCCGAGUCUCGGGAGUCGUCUGCAACAUCCUCCCAGCGCAGCUCCCCGUAUGGCACUCUGAAGCCGGAGGACAUGAACGGGCCUGGCCUGGAGCCCAAGGCUGACGGCCACAAGGAGCAGGCCCAGAAGCAGCCCGAGCCAAAGGACUCAGAUCAAGGCUCAGGACAGAGCAAGGAGCACAGACCGGGACCCAUUGGCAAUGAGCGCUCUCUGAAAAACAGGAAGGGCUCAGAGGGGGCCGAGCGGCUGCAGGGAGCCGUCGUCCCGCCCGUUAACGGGGUGGAGAUUCACGUGGACUCUGUGCUGCCGGUGCCGCCCAUUGAAUUUGGAGUCAAUCCAAAAGACUCGGAUUUCAGCUUGCCACCUGGCUCUGCCUCUGGUCCCGCGGGGAAUCCGGUCGUCAAACUUCAGGACGCCUUGGCCAGUAACGUGAGUGCUGGGUUAACACAAAGUAUUCCCAUCCUCCGGCGUGAUCAUCACAUCCAGAGGGCCAUCGGCCUCUCCCAAAUGUCCUUCCCCACCGCCGACCUCACCCUGAAGAUGGAGUCCGCACGCAAGGCUUGGGAAAAUUCACCCAGUUUGCCAGAGCAGAGCUCCCCGGGAGGCGCGGGCUCGGGAAUCCAGCCCCCGUCCUCUGUGGGCGCCUCCAACGGCGUCAGCUACAGCUCGUUCGGCGGAGUUUCCAUGCCGCCCAUGCCCGUGGCCUCCGUAGCACCCUCUGCUUCUCUUCCAGGCAGCCACUUGCCACCUCUGUACCUGGACGGCCACGUGUUUGCAGGUCAGCCUCGGCUGGUUCCUCAGACGAUACCUCAGCAGCAGAGUUACCAGCAGGCUGCCGCUGCCCAGCAGAUCCCGAUUUCCCUUCACACGUCUCUGCAGGCUCAGGCCCAGCUUGGACUGAGGGGCGGGCUCCCCGUCUCCCAGUCUCAGGAGAUCUUCAGCUCCUUACAGCCCUUCAGAUCUCAGGUGUACAUGCACCCCAGCCUGUCACCGCCCAGCACCAUGAUCCUCUCUGGAGGCACGGCCCUGAAGCCUCCCUACUCGGCCUUCCCAGGCAUGCAGCCCUUGGAGAUGGUGAAGCCCCAGUCCGGCUCCCCCUACCAGCCCAUGAGCGGAAACCAAGCCCUGGUCUACGAGGGCCAGCUCGGCCAGGCUGCUGGCCUGGGUGCCUCGCAGCUGUUGGACUCCCAGCUUCCACAGCCAGGGUGCCCCCGGAACACAAGUCUCCCGAAGUACAGCGCUGUCCUCCUCCUCGUCCCACUCCCUGCUGUGUGCAGGGAGGAGUCUGGGGCCUGGAGGCUCUGGCUGCUGCUCGUCUCAGUGAUGCGAUUCCAAUAGAUCCUUCUGACCCUCCACUGUGGACUCAACGCAGGGGGUGAAGAGGAAAGUGACUGAGAGACGACAAGUGGCUUCCUUGCGCCAGUCCCGAGUCUCCAGGCCCCUCUCCUCCCUGUCACCCCCCCACCCCCACUUUCUUUUGAUAUAACGGCCUUCAGAAGGAUCCAGAGUCUCCAGUUCAGUUCCAGCACCCCUGAACCCCAGAACCCCAGAACCCAGUUGUGUCUUGUUUUGUAUCCCCAUUAGAGCAACAGCAGAGCAACAGAGGAGUUUUGCCUUUUUGUGCUGCACCAAAGAGGCCAAAGAUACACAUCCACACAGCUUUCGUCUCUGGGGGCUCGCUUGGACGUUGCUUCCUAAGAAGCCUUCCUGACCUUCCCUUCCUCUUCCCCAUCCCCCACGCACAUGGGGUUGGCUGCCCACAUUCCACAUGCUGGGUCCUUGCUGCUCCCUGGUCUGACCAUGUCCUGGUGCUUCCCCGGCACGUAACGUGCACCGAGCAGACCCUUGCUGGGUGCGAGCAAGAAGGUCUGGGGUGCACGUGGCUCUUGCAGCCCUAGAGAGGAGCCGCGUGCGUGGCCUUGGGCUUAUCUUCAUCACCCCCUGCCUUGUUCCGGCGAUCAGACCUGCCCCUCCCUCAGAGGGUGUGCUCGAACAGAAACCCAGAACCUAUGGCUGUGCAGAGGCCUCUCUUUAGCUGCCUUGAAACGAGAACCUGAAGCAUAAUCUGUGUUUACUCUUGGGGGCAGGUGUGACCAGUAGUCUGUGGCUUUCUCCCCAACGUCCAUGCCUCCUCUUGACUGUCCCUGUC